GUGGGCCUGGGCAACGUGUGGCGCUUCCCCUACCUGUGCCAGAUGUACGGCGGAGGUAGUUUCCUGGUGCCCUACAUUGUCAUGCUCAUCGUGGAGGGCAUGCCGCUCCUGUACCUGGAACUGGCAGUGGGGCAGCGCAUGCGGCAGGGCAGCAUUGGCGCCUGGAGGACAAUCAGCCCCUACCUCAGUGGCGUUGGCGUGGCCAGCGUGGUGGUGUCCUUCUUCCUCUCCAUGUACUACAACGUCAUCAACGCCUGGGCCUUCUGGUACCUCUUCCACUCCUUCCAGGAUCCCCUGCCGUGGUCUGUCUGCCCAGUGAAUGGCAACCGCACGGGCUAUGACGAGGAAUGCGAGAAGGCGACCUCGACACAGUACUUCUGGUACCGGAAAACCCUCAACAUCUCGCCGUCCAUCCAGGAAAACGGGGCGGUGCAGUGGGAGCCGGCGCUGUGCCUCAUCCUGGCCUGGCUCCUGGUGUACCUGUGCAUCCUGCGGGGCACCGAGUCCACUGGCAAGGUGGUGUACUUCACUGCGUCGCUGCCCUACUGCGUGCUCCUCAUCUACCUGAUCAGGGGCCUCACGCUCCAUGGAGCCACCAAUGGGCUGGUGUACAUGUUCACUCCCAAGAUGGAGCAGCUGGCCAACCCCAAGGCCUGGAUCAACGCCGCCACCCAGAUCUUUUUCUCGCUCGGCCUGGGCUUCGGCAGCCUCAUCGCCUUCGCCAGCUACAACGAGCCCUCCAACGACUGCCAGAAGCACGCCAUCAUCGUGUCCCUCCUCAACAGCUCCACCUCCAUCUUUGCCAGCGUCGUCACCUUCUCCAUCUAUGGCUUCAAGGCCACCUUCAACUACGAAAGCUGUUUGAACAAGGUGAUUCUGCUGCUGACCAACUCUUUCGACCUUGAAGAUGGCUUUUUGACAGCCAGCAACCUGGAACAGGUGAAGGGCUACCUAGCAUCUGCCUAUCCGAGCAAAUACAACGAGGUGUUCCCACAAAUUAAAAACUGCAGCUUGGAAACGGAGCUCGACACGGCUGUCCAGGGCACCGGGCUGGCUUUCAUCGUCUACACCGAGGCCAUCAAAAACAUGGAGGUGUCCCAGCUGUGGUCUGUGCUCUACUUCUUCAUGCUGCUGAUGCUGGGCAUCGGGAGCAUGCUGGGGAACACGGCCGCCAUCCUCACCCCUCUGACCGACAGCAAGGCCAUCUCCAGCUACCUGCCCAAGGAGGCCAUCUCAGGUCUGGUGUGCUUCGUCAACUGCGCCAUCGGCAUGGUGUUCACCACGGAGGCCGGCAACUACUGGUUCGACAUCUUCAACGACUAUGCGGCCACGCUGUCCCUGCUGCUGAUCGUCCUGGUGGAGACGGUCGCCGUGUGUUACCUGUACGGGCUGAGGAGAUUUGAAAGCGACCUUCGGGCCAUGACUGGCCGCAAGCUCAGCUGGUACUGGAAGGCCAUGUGGGCCGGCGUGAGCCCGCUGCUCAUCGUCAGCCUCUUUGUCUUCUACCUGAGCGACUACAUCAUGACCGGGACCCUGCGCUACCAGGCCUGGGACGCCUCCGAGGGCCAGCUUGUGACCAAGGAUUACCCACCGUAUGCACUGGCCAUCAUCGGGCUACUCGUGGCUUCCUCCACCAUGUGCAUCCCUCUGGUGGCCCUGGGGACUUUCAUCACACGGUGCCUCAAACGGGGAGACACAGUCCCUGGGGCCUGACAGCCGGGCCUCCCAGAGACCCCGUCAGCUGCCAGGUCCAGGCGGAGCCGCCUCUGCUGCUGUCUGAGACAGUGACUCGGGAAGCCUUCAGCCCAUCAUCUUGCUGAGUCUAUAAAGGAUUAGGAGGGUGUGGAGGGAGCUGAGUCCCUCAAGAGGAACCCCGACCCUGCUCGCCAAGCCGUCCCUCUCCUUCCCCCUCCCCUUGGGGUCACACCCAGAUGCCCGCCCCCCAACCAUCACCAAAGAGGCAGGGUUCUCCAGGCGGUCUUAAGACAAUUGCUUGGCUCUAGGAAGGUCCUAGAACUAGGCCACACUGUGAGCUGAAAUGUGACUAUAAUUUUUAUGGAAUAAAAUGUGAGCAAUGUUUGUUUUCCUGUAGAGAUCUCAAACUAUACAGGGCAGUUGUAUUGUAAGGGCCUGAGAUGACAAAUCUGAAUGUCAUCAGUACACAAUUAGUUCUCUUAUUUUCAGCCACAUUGAAUAGGCAACCCCUGUGUUCUCCUUCACUAAGGGGACCGACUGGCCGUGAAGAAAGAAGGCCUUUGUUCGGGGCUCACCAAGGGGGUCACUUUUCCCUAAUCCGAGCUCCCUCACAGUGGGUCCAGGACUAGUCCUCUCUACAAAAGUUGCCCCAAUUUAAGGGGAGGGUAUAGCUCAGUGGUAGAGCGCAUGCUUAGCAUGCAUGCGGUCCUGGGUUCAAUCCCCAGUGCCACCAUUAAACUAACUAAAUAAAUAAAUAAACCAAAUCCCCCCCAACAAAAAGAAAAACAAACCAAAAAUUGCCCCAACAUACAGUUUGCCACCUCAAACCAACUUUGGCGGGGUGACAUGGGGCUUCGCUGCAGACAGCCCCUGCCCCGCCGUCUCAGUGGAUGGACCAGCUGUCAGAGCCUCCAGGAGGAUGGAUGUGAAACCUUGUCCGCACAGACUGAAGCUUCUAUUUGGACAUGAUGACCAACUCUUUCUAGGAAAAACCAUCAAUAUGACUUAAAAUCAAUUUUAAAUGAUCUGUGCAUAAGUUUUCUAAAAUGGAUGUAUCUCAAACAGAGCAUCUUGUCACUGAAGACGCCAUAUUUACGAUACAGCAUCAUCCACCGUGGGAAGGUCACCUGUCUUGUCUUUUUUUUUUAACUGCAAUAAGUAAGUCAAGGUCAUCCCUGAAGUGCAAGGAACCCUUCCUGUUCCAACAUCUGUGCUUCUCUGAGACCAUGGACUUCAGGAAACUUUCUUUGGGUGGAUUUGUACAGACAUCUUUAAAGACGCUUAAACACUCACUUGGGACAUCAGCUGGAGAUGUCUUUUUUUUUUUAAGUUGUUUUUCAUGCUACUAACGUCCCUAUAAGUAAAUCAGGCAUGAGAAAGGUCUUCUGCUGUCUUGAGCUGCCAUCUUAUCAGUAUCUCCAGCUUCACCAGAGGGCCAGGUAUAAUAAGGUCACAUGGCUUUAAAAUGCAUGCAUCAGUCAGACCUGGAUGUCUCAUCCAAGGGCUCUUUGGUGUCAGAAAACUUCAGUGAUCAAGGCUGGAACAAGAGUGAGCACACUCGAGGGCAGCCCUGCAGCCCUGAGUCUGUUCCUGAAUCCCUACAGGUCAGUCUCCAGCUCGGCCCCAGUCAUGGUCGCUGUCUUACAGUAGAGCCGCCCUUCCUGGGAUCAGUCAUCAGCAGGCUGUUUCCGCCCCGAGUGCCUGGUACCCUCAGGGACGUGGAGACAGCCUUGUUCUCGAACAUCACUUUGUUCACAGUAGCUGUACCUCAGUGCCCUCUACCUUGCCGCCCUUAGAACCACCUGGGAGCAUUUAAACUCCCAGUGUCCAGUCCAUGCCCUGAAAUAGACAAAUCUGAGAACCAUGGCCCCAUCUAAAAAGGAAACUGUGUUGUGCACUCAGGCACAUUUACAUCAAAAAUGGCCUUUAAAAGUUGGAAAGCAUUUCUCAUUGUAUGGAAAAGUCACUUCUACAGAAUAAUUUUUGCUCAUGAACGUCAGAGAGAUGAAGUCUCAUUAUUAUAGACUGAUGUGUCCCAGGUGAAAAUAUUUCCAGUUUUGAUCUGGUUUUAUUCUGUCUCCUGAGACUUCAGUAAGUGGCAGUAAUCCUCCUGAACCACCAAGUCCCGUCUCGGAAACUCCCCGGUGACUGUUUUGUAGGGACCGCACAACAGCGGUCACCUGACGUCUGCGCACUCUCCUCUGAUAAGCUGGAGAGAAAAAGGCACAUUCGACCCCUGAGCCUUCAGCACUAACCACAGCAUUGUGGCCAGAUCACAGACUCCAGAAAGCUUUCUAUUUAUACUAAAAGCAUACCGACUCUUGGCUUAGAAACUCUUGACUUGUCUAAGAAAUCAUGUAGAGAAGUAUUUGGGUUUUUAGCAAUUGUCAUCAAUAAAACCCUAAACAAGUA